UCUGAGUUCCCGCCACUACGUUAGGGCUCGAGCCGCCGCGAACUGGAAGAUGGCCGGUGCAUCUGAGCAAAAUGCCUCCGCAUUUUCGGCGGCGGAGUUGGAGUUUCUUGCUGAGGAUGAAAUGAUCGAGAUCGUGCCGAAUCUGAGGAUGGAUCCGCUCAAUUUCAUCUCUGGGGAUUUUGGCCCUUUUAGGCCACAAAUAGCGACUCAGGUUCCACUUUGGUUGGCCGUGGCUUUGAAGAAGAGAGGGAAGUGCACUGUGCGAGCUCCGGAAUGGAUGUCUGUGGAUAAUUUAUCACGAGUUUUGGAAGCAGAGCGGGAUUCUGAGAAGUUUCAGCCCUUGCCAUUUCAUUAUGUAGAAAUUUCUAGGCUUUUGUUUGAUCAUGCUCGGGAAGACAUCCCUGACAUAUACAUGGUAAGGUCUCUAAUCGAGGACAUCAAAGAUGUGAGGUUUCACAAAAUUGGAACAGGCUUGGAGAUUAUCUCAAAGGAGCGAACUUAUGCAUUAAGGCUCAAAAACUUAUCUGCUAUGGAAGCAAAUAUUGUGCGUCCAUUUGUCACUAAGGCUCUCGAGACUUUUUAUAAGCUGAGCAGUUCCGAGAUGAUACAGGAAUCCAACCACAUGCCCAACAGACAGCCCCAAGCAACCAAUCGUGGACCAAGACGGCAACUGAAAGAUCGGUGAUCUAUUCAAAUCUGGAGAUGCUGCAAAAGUACCUACAAAAACCCGUCGAACUGGUCAAAAUCUCUCAUGCUCCAAGCUUGUUAUGUGAGUGAGGUAUGCUAGUUGUGUUAACAGUUGUGAAAAUGUACCAUUCUGUGAUGUCUUGGCUAAAGCAUCCGACUUUACUUCCUUUCAAUUCUAG